UUGGCGACGGGCGAGUCAGGUGGCAGAGCGCGAUUCAGUUUUGUGACAGGUGUUAACUCUCGCUGACGUGGAGAUUCAGGGAGGCUUGUGUCCGCAGAGGCUUGUGGUGGAGUGACUUUUUCUGUGUUAUCUCCGCGUUGACAGUCACCGUCUCCGCGCCCAAGACGAUUUUGAGUGACUGACAUCCGUGCGUGACUAGCGAUAAACUCGACAUUGGUGUAUGAUGGUGGUACUCGUCGUGUUCUGAGCGUCUCCCUCCUCCCUCCUGCCAUGGGUGUCCUCCGGCGACAUGGCGUGGUGCUCCUGACGGCGGUGCUGACGUUGGCGGUGCUGGGUCGCCGCGCACAAGCUCAGAAACCAAAGGAGAAGUUCUACGAAAGACUACCCCCGGGCCGACUCUACCCCGUCGGCUGGGAGGAGCUGCAGCAAGAUUAUCGACGCUCUGAACCCGGCAAGGGAAAGACCAUCGCGAGAUGGGUGGUGGUAGCCGCUCGGCGUGUGGUGCCUGGCGCAGUCUACAGGAUCGUGGUGGAGGCCUUGAGGACAUCGGAGCCGCUCACCAUCAGCGCCGCUCUCAUCCGAUCCCAGGAGCAAGUGUCGGCCAGCAAGGUGACGCUGAAGAAGGGAGAGAUAUCUGAAAUACUCCUGAAGGCCCCGGAAGGCAGCGUCCCCGGUUUGUGGCAGCUUCGCGUGGAGGGACGAGAAGGCACUGACACCAUCUUCAAGCGGCUCACGACCCUCGAGUUCCAGUCCAACUUCCUCACCAUUCUCGUCCAGCCGUCACGCCCUGUCUACAACGCGGGCCAGACAG